AUGAAAAUCUGUGAAAAGAAUCCACCCGAAAACGAUAAAUUGCUAGAGGAGUGUAACAAAUGGGUCCAGCUGUUUUUGAAAAGUUUAGGACAAAAUGACAUUUUCUACGACGCAGGAUUCAAUUGGAGCGAUGGAAGUAUGGAGUGGGACAAGCAUGGAACGAUGCUUAAUUACCGGAAAAUAAAAAAUGAUUCCUCUGGUUCAUUGACUCUUUAUAAGGACACAUGGCCAUUUCAUGCUGAAAAAGGAAAUGUUGGAGAUUGCGGGUUAAUUUCUGCAUUGAUGACAAUUGCAAGAAGACAGAAAUUGUUUUACGAUGACAAGUGGAAUAUGUUAGCUGUAGAUGGCCACUUUCCUUGUGAUGAAUCAGGCGAGGUGGAGUUUGCAUCAUUGUGUUAUGGUAGACUAUGGCCGUCUUUAAUUGAGAAAGCCGUGGCAAAGAGGCGGGGUGGAUACCAUAAACUAGAUGGGACAUGCCCGGGUUUGGCGUUUCAAUAUCUCACAGGUGCCAGUUAUGUGAAUGUCUCGCUGAAUAAGGAUACCGAUUUGGACAUGCUUUGGAAAAAGUUGGAAGAAUUUCAGUCAGUUUUUAUGAUUUCGGGACUGAUCAACAUCCAUCGAGUCGUUAAAAAGAAUCAAAUUGGGAAACUCGUUCUGUCACAUCCGGUUCAAUUGAUCUGGUUUGAUGAAAAAGACGAUAUGGGAACCGUUGAAACUGAUCCAUUAGAUUUGGACCCGGGAAACUACUUUGUGAUAUUCACGUUCAUAUCGAAAAAGAUUUUGUUCGAAUACGAGUUCACUCUCGUGAGCUCAUCUCAAAUCGACCAUAUUUCGUACGACUUUGUGACUUUCGAGAACAAUUUAGCCUUUCACAAAUCACUUCUCAAAUUGAUUGAAUCUGAAAAGUGUGGAAUACAAAUCCGGAAAGGAUUAAUCAUUCAUGAAUAUAUUCGAGACGACUUUUUGGUUCUCAUGGCUGAAAACAAAACAGAGGGUCCAAUUUUUAUGAGUAUUAUUGCAAAAAACGAUGAGGAACUUUGUGAGACUCACGGAAUCAUGACGGACCACUUAUGGAAACUCGCCAAAAAACUCAACCCGCCCGUAUCCGAUAUUUACCAUUUCAUCCCAGCUAAAUCGAAAUGUGUUAUUGGAACUGUAUGGACUAUUUCUUAUGAAACCAAACUGGAAAAGCAACCGAAGAAACCGAAAGUCAGUUGUAAAUAUUGGAUUCGGAUUCUAUUUGAAGAAAUGGAAAAGAAGUACGGAUUGGACAUGAAAACCCCUUUGAAAGAAUUGGAAAAGAUUAAUUACGAACCGACACUAUACAAACCAAUUCCUAUUGAUUGA